UACGCUUCUCUUCAUCUGAAUAGUCAUCGUAUUUUCCCCUGCAGUUCAGACUGCUUGUGGGCGAGUAUCAUAGUGUAUAAAGAGUGACUGGCAAACUGGAGGCGCUACUUUUCCCGGAGGAAGAUGUUGUUUCCCCUACAAAGAGCUUGAAAAACAUAUUUUAAUAGCAACCACAGACAGGCGGAUGUGGAUACAGGCGUAAGCAAGCUAACUAUAGAAUAUCUCCGAGAAAAGGAUGUGACCUGCUGAGAAUAAGACUGUCCUUAGCGUAUUUCCAGAGCUAAGCCACAGUUCAGAGUGCGUUAGCUUAUCUACAGGUGAUUAUAAUUGCAUUUGGUGUUUUGAAGAUUAGCCACUGUUUGGCUGCAUGCAUUUGCAUUUCUUCUUCGAGUAUCAUAAGAAAGAAGACUGGGGUAAAACCGAUAUGGCUGUUUUUCUGCUUUCCAUACUAUUGCAGAUACAAAUAGGAUUUGUUAUUGGAUCAAAUCAUGGAUUUGAAGGGCGGGCUGUGCACCACAGGGAAAAGACUAUUAAAGGAAAGCAACCUAUUUAUAACAGUCAUAUGAACAACCCGGAAUACCAGCAGUAUUCGUCUUAUUUGAUGAAAUCCGCUACUGAUCGCCCUGUUUUGGCACAGAAAAUAGACGGAGAUCUACCCAGGGUCGCAACGGCUUUUCUUCAUACAGGAGAUUCUUCUAAAUUGAAAAAUGUCAACUGUUCCAAGGGAUACGAACUGGAAAGUCUACGGGGCAUGUCACACACCGCAUCCCAUUCCUCCCUGCACAGUGCGCUGGAUACGGUGCUGCAUGCCACCAACUUCCUCAACAUGAUCCUGCAAGCAAACAGGUCCAGGGAGAAAAACCUCCGAGGGGACGUCGAAUGGUACCACGCGUUAGUUAGGAGCAUUUUGGAAGGGGAUCCCAAAAUUCAGAGGGCCGUGGUCACCUUCAACGAGGAGCCCGUGUCGUCAGGUCCGCACGUGUUACUGCAAGCCACCAGAACUGACAGCGAAAUAGUACUCCAAGACUUGUCGUCCACGGCCCAUCGCUUGAGAAACAAGACGCUGGAAACGGAGUGGUUCAAUGAGUUCAAAUCCAGGAGGAAGCCUCACCUGCACAGGAGGGUGUUGAUCCACGACAUCGCGUCGCUGGAUGCUUCACUGAGGAGAGGAGACAGUUACGUGGUUGAUAAGACUCACAUCAAGUGGUCUGCACCGUUCCUUGAGUGUCAGAAUGGAAAUUUUAUCCCCCAUUGGCUUCUUACUCUCUCGGCUGGGUUCUAUGGACUCAGACCAAACCUCAUCCCCGAAUUCAGGGGUGUGGUUAGGGUGGACAUCAACCUCCAAGAUGUGGACAUUGACCAGUGCUCCAAUGAUGGAUGGUUUGCAGGAACUCAUAGGUGCCACUUGAACAGCACAGAGUGCAAACCAAUUAAAGGACUUGGAUUUGUUCUUGAUGCGUACCAAUGCGUCUGCAGACAUGGAUUCUACCAUCCGAGCCGGCUCUCAGUCAAUGGCUACACAAAGAAAGCAAAAGAAAAUCCAGUUUCUGGAAGCCGAUAUGAAGAGGAGUUGUCUGAUGGAGUGCACGAGUGUCUGCCUUGCAGGGCAGGAUGUUCUCACUGCACAGACGAGAACCCCUGCUAUGCCCAGGAGGAUGGGUACUUACGGAUAUCUAUCCUUUCCUUCAAUGCAGUCUGCAUGCUGAUGGAUUUCAUCAGCAUGCUGGUCGUCUAUUAUUUUCGGAGAAACAAGAGUAUUCGAGCUUCGGGUUUGGUUCUUCUGGAAACCAUUCUGUUCGGAGGCUUGCUUCUUUACUUUCCUGUUAUUAUUCUAUACUUUCAGCCGAGCAUAUUCCGAUGUAUUCUUCUAAGAUGGGUUCGUCUUCUCGGCUUUGCUAUUGUUUAUGGAACGGUGACUCUCAAGCUCUUCAGAGUUCUAAAGGUGUUCCUGUCCCGAACAGCACAGAGAAUUCCCUACAUGACGAGCUGGCGGGUGCUCAGAAUGCUGGCAGUGAUUCUGCUCAUUGUGUGCUGGUUUCUGAUUUCCUGGACCUCUGCUGUCUGUCAGAACAUGGAUAGGAAUGUGUCCUUCAUUGUUGAGGGGAAAACUUCAGACAACCUGCAGUUUAAAAGGUGUCUGCUGGACCGUUGGGACUACAUGAUGGCCAUUGCUGAAUUUCUUUUCCUCUUGUGGGGAGUUUAUCUCUGCUGUGCAGUACGGACAGUGCCAUCAGCAUUUCAUGAGCCACGCUACAUGGCCGUUGCAGUCCAUAAUGAACUCAUUAUCUCUGCACUAUUCCAUAUCAUUAGGUUCACUGUAGCCUCUACACUUCAUCCAGACUGGAUGCUUAUGCUCUUCUUUGCUCACACACACUUGACAGUGACUGCUUCCAUGGGGUUGCUGCUAAUACCAAAGUUCCUGCUAGCAAGGACUAACCCGAGAGACGACACUGCUGCUGAAGCCUAUGAGGAUGACCUUGAUUUAGGCAGGUCAGGGUCUUACCUGAACAGCAGUAUCGCUUCAGCUUGGAGUGAGCACAGCCUGGAUCCAGAUGACAUCCGGGAAGAACUGAAGAAACUUUAUUCUCAGCUUGAAAUCUAUAAGAGGAAGAAGAUGGUCGCCAACAAUCCACACUUGCAGAAGAAAAGGAGCUCAAAGAAGGGGCUUGGCCGCACCAUAAUGAGGCGCAUUACUGAGAUUCCAGAGACUGUAAGCAGACAGUGCAGCCGGGAAGACAAGGAAUUGGGGGAUCAUACUAGUGCCAGAAACAGCAUCAGCACUUUUAGGAGAAACCCCUUUGACCCUGCGCACUCCAGCACAAAAACCAAAGAGGAGUCUUUGAAAAGCAAAGCCUUCUCCAUCAAGAAGUCACACAGCAGCUAUGAUCACGUAAGGGACCAAAGCGAGGACUCCAGCAGCCCCGCCACAGAGAAGAUGGAAGUUUCUAUCACUGAGAGUUCCCUCUUGGAUACCUUAAUGGGCAAGGAGAAACAGGAGAAAAAGUCCACAGAGGCUAUUGAGGCUGAAUCCACAGAGUCUCUUCCGUUAGUUUGCAAAUCUGCCAGUGCACACAAUUUGACCGCAGAUAAGAAAUCUUUGCACCCCAGAACAUCCAUGUUGCAGAAAUCCCUCAGUGUUAUUGCCAGUGCCAAGGAGAGAACCCUGGGGCUCACAGGCAAAGCCCCAAGCCUUGAGGAAAACAGCAGACAGCAAAAGAGUCAGCAGAAGGGGAGAGAGUCCAACAAGCCUCACUCUGAGAAGAGCGACCACCAGCAGAAUAAUGUCGCCAGCCUAGCGGAGGAGGCUAAAAAGUCCAAUAAACAAGGAAUCAUGAAGCCCCAGGGGAGUAGCAGUCAGCCUUCUCUCAGCCCAGACCCAGGGAAGACAGGACCCAAAGAUCAGUUUGAUGUGGCUGAGGUUUGCCCAUGGGAGGUUCAGGACCUUCCUCCUACUCCACCAGAAAAUAAGGUCCAGAAACACGUAUCCAUUGCUCCGAAGGAAUCCAUAUUAUCCCAUGGGUCCCACGCAAAAGGUAAAUCACAGAACAAGCAGAUAGCUACAGAGAAUUUGUCUUCACAAGUUAAACAGUCAACUCAGAAGAACUUUGAUAAGUCAGAAAUAUGCCCUUGGGACUUUGAGGAGCCCCAUGACUUGAUAGAGGGGUCUAAACCACUGGAAAGCCAUCAGUCUAUGCCACCCCUUUCUAAAGGCGAGCACUCUAGUAAAGCUCAGAAGGCUGAGAUUUGCCCUUGGGAGUUUGAAGAGACGGUAACCCGAGGCGUUGAAGUUAGACAACCAGAGUCAGAUAAGAUCAAGCAAGGGGGGCAGAAAAAGAAUGCAUUCCCAGUUGAUGUUCAAGGCAAGGAACUUCUGUCAGAUGCCUCAAAAUCUAACAGCAGCUCACAGCUGCCUACACCCAAAAAGGCAGAAGUCUGCCCAUGGGAUUAUGACCCUGAAUUGUCACCUAAUUCUGACAUGAAUGCUGCCCCAACUGCCUUUUUGAAAACAAAAGACACAACUCCAAAGAAGAAAGGACUGUUCUCAAUUUCAAAAGAUAAGGAAAGGAGACGAGACAGGGAUGAUGAAAAGAGUAAAGCCAAGAGCAAAGAGAAGGCUGCGUUUACAAAAGGUAUGCAGAAACCUGUCAGCCAAUCAAAACUGGCAGAGGUGUGUCCCUGGGAAACUGAAAGCAGACUGGAUACUUCAAAACAGGAAAGAAAAAGCACACUGAAUGAGCUGAGUGCAGCCAAGAGCAAACAAGCUGCUAUUUGCCCCUGGGAAUUCGAGGGCAUUCCUGACACUAAAGAACUUGACACAAAUACUUGUGUAGAACAACUCAAUCCAGAUUCCAAAAGGGAAGCAGCUGGUCAAACCAGAUUGGUUGAGGUUUGUCCAUGGGACUUUGAUGACCAAACAACUGGCAAUAAUGCAUGACAUGUUUUCAAUUCAGCAUAUUCAUUGUUCAUGGAGCUUUUCUUUUUUUUCACAUGACGAACCUCAUAAAUCCAAAAAGACAAAGAGAAGUAACAGGAAUGAACAGAAAGGAGGCUUUACCCAGGUUGCCUUUUUCCUCCAAAUAUCAUUAGUUUUUUUUCUCUUUUAACAAACUGUCACGUCUUCUAUAAAGCAUUCCAGAUUGAUACUGAGUAUUUUGUGAAUUUUUGCUGAUUUAUGACAAUAUUCUAAUAUUUCAAAUUAUGCAACUGUACGGCACUUUUACUGCAACAUAAAAUACCCGUUUUAACUGUACAGUACUUUCAGUUUCAUUCACAUUUAAUAAGUGUGCACAUGGCCACUGAUGCCACAAAUUCUUUUCCAUUGCUAUUUUAUUUGUUGAAGUUUAUAUGGUGGAUCUUCUGUUCUGUCUAGUGUUUACAAAUCCCAGCAUAUAUCCUUCACAAUUAUAGUUUAAUAUUAAAUAUUAUUCAGGGUUUUUUAUAGAGUGAAUUUAUAUGCUUUUAUUUUCCCACCAGAGGUAUGCAUACCCUUGGUUUAUAUUUCAUUCAGUGGUCCUACCAAGAAUCCAUUAAAGCAGGGGUCUCCAAUCCUGGUCCUGGAGGACCAGUGUCACCCCUAGUUUU